UGUCAUGCGCCCGCACGGUACAUCGUUUCCGCGGUCUUGCUUUGUUGACAUGCUACACUGCUACGCUACAGUCUUUACUGAGCGAACUUUUCCCUGUUUUUGGUGAACAUGGCGACCCCAAAACCUCUCAACAUUAGUUCCGUGCCUAUCGACGGCUUCAGCAAUUUAAGAAUUACGUCAAUAUGGACUUUCCUCUUGUCUGUGCAGUGGUCGGAGCCCUGGCUUAUUGGCUGUUUAGUGUUCCACUGUAUGUGUCUGUGCCUGACUGUGUUGACGUGCAAGUAUUACAGAGCUCAGAUUUGCCACUUCCUCUUCAUAGUUGCCUUGGUGUACAGUGCUGAAUAUUUGAACGAGCUGGCAGCCAUGAACUGGAGGUCUUUUUCCCAAUUCCAGUACUUUGAUUCCACGGGAAUGUUCAUAUCGCUUGUCUUCUCUAUUCCGCUUCUCUUCAAUGCAGUUAUCAUUGUGAUGGUGUGGGUGUACAGGACCUUCUCCACCAUGGUCGAGCUGAAGACGCUGCAACUCAAGCGAAAAACACGCCGAGAGAACAGAGCCAAAAAUGACUGAUCCUUGUGUUUGUGUCAAUAAAUGGGCUUCACUGACAGAUUCUAAAUGCAAGACCUUCGCUCAUCCCUUGUUUUUUAAAGUAGGUAACAUCAGAAGGGCCUGGGUUUCUUUCUACAGUAAAUAGUUGAAAGGAUUAUGGUUAUGGUGUACGUUUAUUUCAAACAUGCAAUGUGAAACAUAUAAUUUAUAUGUCUCUUUAAAACAUGUACGAAAAGAGGACCAACUGUUUUGUAUAUACAAGGUUAUUUUGUAUUUUGUUCAGUUGCAGAAAUAAAGUAUUUUAA